AUGGCGAUCGCUCAACCCCAUCCAACCGAUGAGAUCCGGCCCAUGGUCGAUAUUGAUAACGACUACCCCCAGCGUGCAGACCGGCUGUACGACGUGCCGUGUGCGCAGAACGCGCAGGGACUGUUCUCGCCCGAGGCCUGUCUCUUUGUUGGCAACCUGUCGACCCGCGUGCCUGCCGAAAAGCUGUCCACCGACCUGGAGGCGUUGUUUUCUCGAUUCGGCAGGUGCCAUGUCAAAAUCAAGUACGACGGCAGGAGGCGCCUGCCCACCGCCUUCCUGCAGUUCGAGGCAAGUCUGACUCUUUCAUCGCUCGUCUCCGUCCAUUCUCGCGUCAUUCGGCUCAGAGAGGCCUCUGAGCCCCUAAAAACCACCAUGGAACCUCCCGAUCCCCAUGGUGGUGGUGUUAUUCACGCGUCACCCCCGGCAAACGGCCACGCGGCAAGCCAGCUCACGGAAAUCCUGGAGGUACCAGACACCCCAACCCCAAGCCGAUGGAACAUCACUGGACCUCUAGGGCUUGAUAUGAAUGAGAAUGAUCAGGAAAAUGACCCAAAAACCGAAGCAGAACCCUCGAAAGGCACUAGAAUCCUAGGGAAUAGCUGGAUACGAGGUCAGGCCAGCAAGAGCCAUGGGAUUGUCAAGCCGCAACGACGAGCCACCCUGAGACCCCUAGGGGGUAAAGAA